GCUAUUUUUUACUUUUCUUCGUUGACUGUUGACCGGAGUCGUCCAGAGGUUCUUCAAUUUCAGUAUAUGUACUUUUCCGGUCACUCGCUCGUUCACCACCGUGAUGAAACCGUCGGAAUCCACCAUGGAUUUUCCUCCGACGAAGCUUAAUUAUCAUGUAGACAUGUUCAAUCUUCAAUCUCAAUCCAGAUUCCUCUCCUUGUACAAGGCGCAAGAUGGACGCACAGCUCUGAUAUUGGAUUCGACGGUGUUUCAUCCGCAAGGUGGCGGCCAGCCGUCAGACACCGGUUUCAUCGAAUUCUCCGGUUUGGAUUUCAAGUUUUCCGUUCAAGAUGUUCGAUCGAAAGACGGAAUUGUUCUCCAUUACGGGGUUUUCGAAGGUUUAUCAAAUCCUGGAAGUACAAUGGAUAUUGAGAAAGGGAAAGAAGUAAUUGUUGUUGAUGAAUCAAGGCGCAAACUCAAUUCCAGGUUGCACUCGGCUGGACACUUGCUAGAUAUGUGUAUGCAGAAAGUUGGGUUAGGACAUUUGGAGCCUGGAAAAGGUUAUCACUUUCCAGACGGUCCUUUUGUGGAAUACAAAGGGAGCGUUUCACAGGAUAAAUUACUGGUGAAGCAGAAAGAGUUGGAGGCAGAAGCUAACGAACUGAUAACCAAAGGAGGAAAGGUUGAUGCUGCUAUAUUACCCUAUGAAGAGGCAUCUGUGCUUUGUGGUGGCAGUCUUCCUGAUUAUAUUCCUAAGGGCAGCACUCCCCGGAUCAUAAAAUUAGGUGACAACCCCGGGUGUCCUUGUGGUGGGACACAUGUCUCCGAUAUAUCUGAUAUCAUAAACAUGAAGAUCACACAGAUGAGAACAAAGAAAGGAAUGACGAAAGUUUUCUACACCAUUGCAUCUUGAUACUUCACUUAUUGGUUCCAACAUCCAUGCUAAUAUGUAGACAAUAAGCCAAGGAAGGGGAAUUAAAGUGACGACUACUGUUUUGAUCAGUUGGCUUCAACAGCAAGCAGCCUCUCCUGUGGUUCAACAGCCACAAAUCAGUAUUAUUUUUUUGUGGGUAUUUAUCAAUCUAUUAAAAUGACUCUCUCUAUCAUUGAUAAGUCGUAUAUGAUAUCUUGAUGAUGUGAUAUGAUCUUCCCACUCAACCUCUUUCUAUACUGACUCUUUUAAUUGGUAUUGUAGAAUCAUACAUUACCGGACAUUUUUAUAAUAUAACCUAACUCGUGCAUCGA